CCGGCAUCUACAACUUAAUAUUUCGGAAAUAUUACUACGUAUUAUAAGAAAGUUAUGUAGUGGCCGUGUGAUACUUAAAUUUAAAGAAAGGAUUUUGACCCUAUUUAAAUGACAAAUCAUUAAGACUACUGAAAAAAAGUAAUUCUAUUGAUAAACUUUUCAAAAUAGAAAAUGGCCGACAACCGAGUGCUCUGUGCGAUUACUGCUCCCUCCAGUAAUAACUAACAACAGUUUUAUCAGUAUGACGAAAUUGAAGUCCUAAGUUGAUGUUAAUAUUUCAUCAAAAUAUAACCUCUGAGUAUUAUUUUUUACGGAAACAGAACACCGAUUGUUUUAAAAAUUCAAUAACCACAAUUUACGAAAACGACAUGGCGGUCUGAUUAUCAACCAAUAGGAAGGCCGCAUCAAGCGUUUCAGAAUUGCAUGUACUUGCAUUUCGCGUCAUUACGUUUUCGGUGCCUUCUUUCUCUUUAGAAAAUUUGUAUGUGACUUUUAUCAGUGAAUGGAUUAACUUUACAGUAGGUUGUGAAAAUCAGUUUAUGUGGUUUUUAUUAUAAAACCUUGUGUGACGAUUAAUUUGUGAGAAACCUACCAAACGGCUGUUAUCAUGACUGCGAUGGAUUUAGGAUGAACUGAAAUGCAAUAUUACCAUCAUAUUGUUUUUGUAAACAAGACUAUGUUUUCACGAUACACGUGCGGAAAAAGUAUACAAUUGACAGAUCAAUUAUGUCAGGUAGGGGGGCUAAGAAGCGCGGGAGGCCCCCGAAAUCUGGCAGUUUUGAGAAAAAUAGAAAAUUUCAAUACCAUUUAUUGAAAAAACCGAAAUAUUUACAAAAUCAACAAAAUACCGGGAACGCGUCUCUGGUUAGCACCCCAUCAGCGUCCAGAGCGUCAUCACCUCAGGGUAGUGAUAUUAGCAGAAGAAGCACCAGAAAACAAAAAGGUAGAAAAGUUCAUAAAAAUAAAAGAGGUGGUAUAUCGGGCUCGUAUUCCAGGAGAGGGUACAAUCCACAAGCAGCUGAUUAUCAUGAAUCGGAAUAUCAUUACGGUUCGGAUUUUGGAGAUGAAUACAGCGACAGAUCCGAGCCAGAAGAAGACCGCGGCAGUGAAAGCUCUGACGGCAGCGCAGGGGAUGCUGCUGCCAGCGAUAGCGAUUUCUCCGUCAGCAGCUACAGUACCACGAGCGGUACUCCUCGCAAGGUCAACAACGCGCUCAAUCGCGCCCCCAGCCCAGACCCACUGUGGCUGCAGCAAGGGCGCAAUAUCCCUCCUUUGAUACUUCCACCAUCAUCAGAUGAUUUAAUCAUCCCACAAAGUUUAGUUUUACAAGUAGUUGGUGUUUAUGAAGUUCUGAGGCACUUCAGACAUUUGGUGAGAUUAUCUCCAUUUCGUAUAGAGGACUUGUGUGCAGCUAUAAGCUGUGAUGAACAAAGCAAUCUGCUAAUAGAAGUGCAUAUAAUGCUACUAAAGGCCUUAUUAAGAGAAGAAGAUGCUCAACAGACUCAUUUUGGUCCUUUGGACCAUAAAGACAGUGUUAAUAUAACUUUAUUUUUGUUAGAUGUUAUGACUUGGCCUGAAGUUCUUAGAGUUUACGUAGAGAGUGACAAAUCAUUUGACCAGAGCGUGAUUAAAAUAUUAAACUCUUGUGAAUAUCCAUUUACUUCAAUAGAAAACCGCCUUUUGGUUCUUCAGUUUCUGUGCAAUCAAUUUUUGAUUACAAAUCCUGUCCGUGAUGAUCUGCUUAGUGAAGUUCCUAUACAUUAUGAUGAUCACUGUCGUGUUUGUCACCGGCUGGGUGAUUUAUUAUGCUGUGAAACAUGUCCAGCUGUAUACCAUUUGGAAUGUGUGGAUCCUCCAUUGGUUGAUGUACCUUCUGAAGACUGGCAAUGUGCAUUGUGCAAAUUGCAUAAACUUGUCGGUGUUACUGAUUGUCUACCAGAUGCAGAGAAACAAGGCUUGUUGUGUAGACAUGAACAUUUGGGUUUUGAUAGACAUGGUAGAAAGUACUGGUUUAUUGCUAGGCGGAUAUUUGUUCGGAAAAGUGCUGCUGUUUGGUAUUAUUCAUCUCCACAACAAUUAGAAGAACUGUUGUAUGUACUUGAUUCAGCUGAUAUGGAAGCCCCUUUGGUUCGUGAGCUCUUAGAACUGAAACAGGAAAUACUACGACAAAUGGAAAUUACACAAAGUCUAACAAAUCAAAUGAAGGGUAAUCGCAAAUCAUAUUUAGAAGUCGAAAAUAAUAAUAUUAUUAAACAAAGAAAGCUAAAACAGGACCAAAAACAAAUAGAUAAUAAUCCUGAUUUAAAUAUAGAGGAAGAUAAAAUUGAAAGUCUCCCUUCACCAGUUGAUGGUGAUGCAGAUGUUGUAAAUGAAGUAACUGUAGAAAGUGAAGAAGCAACUCGAGAGGAAAAUUUUGAUAGUCAACAAGAUCCUGAUGAUGAUGAAAAUAAUAAAAAGAUAAAAAACAAUGUAAACAAUAAAUCAAAACAACCAUUGCAGAAAAAACAAGAAGAAGUUACAGAAAGAUUGACAAGGCUGAAAUCUAAUCAAAUAUCAAAUGGAACCUACCUGUUCAAAUUAGGAAAUGAGAGCAAUUUCAAAAAUUAUAUUAAUCAGUACACGGCUAACCCUUUAGCACUGAAUAAACCUCAAAGGAAUGAAGAGAGGGAUAAGAAACGAUACAUGUCACACAAGUUUUCUUUAUCAUCAAGUCAAGAAUUCAAAUGGGUUGGACCUUUGAACGCCACAAAACCAUUAUUUGUUGCGACAUUAAGACAAACUUUAUUACAAUUAGAGUCUAAUAUUGUGUUGCAAUUCAUGCACCCUAACUGGACACUGCUAAGGAAACCAUGGGUUCAGGCAGUCCAGUUGUGUCAAGCUCCACGUGAUUUCGCAAGGGCUUUAUGUGUACUUCAGGCAUGCAUAAAAAGCGUCGUUUGGGUGCCAGCAUGGCAUGAACAAUUAGGUCAUGUCAGACUUCAGCGUACAACAGCUGCAGACCGUGAGGAACGUAAGAAACUUGAUAAAAGAGAAAAAAAAGAAAGAGAGGAGGAAGAAGAAAGAUAUCGUACAGCCUAUAAUUUUGUGAAAUAUUCACUGGGACUUAGACACCAGGUAUGGAAGCAAAAAGGCGAAGAAUACCGAAUUCAUGGUCAGUGGGGCUGGUUAUGGAAUUCAACAACAAGAAAGUAUAAAAAACAUAAUGCCAUUAAUAAACCUCACCUAGGAAAUGGCCCUGCAAAAAUUGCUGUCCGAGUGAAAGAAGGCAAUGUCAUGAAAGUGCUAGCAGUUGAACCAAAAACUUAUGAAUAUUUGAAAUCAAAUGAUUCAGACAAAGAUGUAACUGAGAAACUACCACCAUCAAUGCGUAUUAAAAUUGAGAAAGAUGAAGAUAAUUUUGAAGAAAUUGAUGUUGAAAAAGCAUUAAGCUCUUCAACUCGUAGGUAUUAUCCAAGGAUCGCAAGAAAAUCUAAAUUAGAUGAAUUUCUUGCCAGGCAUUAUUUAAAGUUUAUGGAAGAAAAGAAAUUAUCAAAUUUAUUAGCCAGUGUAAAAAAAAAGAAAGACAUUGACAUCAAAAGUGAGGAUGAAAGGAAUAUUGACGUUGAAAAUGAUGAACCAGAUACUGAUUUGUCAUCCAUAUGUGACGCAGCUACUACUGAAGUAAAAUCUAACGCCACUGUAUCAAAAAACAUAGAGGAUUUAAGAGAUAAAUAUAAGAAGAUAUCUCAACUGACAAAACAUUACAAAUGCUAUUCCCCUGGUUGCAACAAUUUUGAUACUACAAAUGCAUUACAAGGAAAAGUGAAAAUUAAUUGUUACUCGCCUUUGUGCGUUACAAAAGGAAAACUUUUUAAUGAGCUUGUUUUGUUACUCAAGGGUGAUAUGUUUAAUUCAAAUGCUCUUUUGAAACAUCUAAGAUAAUUCAAAAUGUCCAUACUUGAACAAUAUUUAUUGGGUAAAUGUUCAAUGAAUUCCAGUGCUAAUGAGAACAUAUUAUCAGAUCUAUUAUCAGCUGUGGCAUGUGCUCAAGAAUGCGAUAAUAAAAGCACAGAUUGUUUUGUAAAAAGGAAAUUCAGUUAUGACAAUACUGCAGAUUUGAAGGUUGAAAAGAAUGAUACUGAAGAUGGCUUAUUGAAGAAUGAGAGUACAUUAGAAGAAUCAGCUGUACCAGCAGUAGGAACUGAAAUGGACAUUGACAUAACUUGUGAGAACAACGAUAGUGAAGUAGAAAUAGGACCGCUGAAGGAAUUGACAGAUGGCGAGCACACUGAAGAUUUGCAAGGUGAUUCAUCAAAAACACGUCUCCCAAUACCAAAAUUAAAAAUUUCAAGGGGCAGAUCAUCGAAAACCUCCAAUACAGUAAAUAUUGGUAUUGCUAAUGAUAACAAAGAUUCAUCAUAUAAAUGUUCAGUAACACCCGGAAAGUCUGAAGAGGCAGCAAAAUAUCGAGCCAAAAUAAACCGGAGAUUUGGACUUACAAGACAAGUUAAAAGAGAAGAUAGAAUUGUUAAAGUUGAAAAAGUUGAAGGAAACAUUGUACGAGUUUACUCUACUGAAAACCCAUCAGCCAAAGUUUAUCUAAAGAGAGUACAAACAUCGGCUGUCGAAAAGAAAAAGAAGAGGACACCAGUAAAGUAUCCUCUAUGCUCAACAUUCCAUACCAGAAGCAAAGCUAAAACGAUAAUGGUUUUGCCCCAUCAUGAGCUGAAGAAGCUAUGCAGACAGUCUGGCCACAGUGCUGUUACUGGCUUCAGUCACAAUGCAAAACCUAAUCAGGCUGUCUGGCCAUACCCAUGCCCUAGGCCAUUGUUUAAAACAUGUUGGUUGUACCGUACGGUUAAUCUUCAAUGGUUAGCUAGUGCAGCUUGCAGUUCGCGAAUAAUGUGGGCCUGUUUGAGAUGGGACGAUAUGGCUGCUAAGGCAGCUACUGCUGACGGAAAACAUCAGUUAACUACGGAUACGGAAAUAGUGUCCUUAGAACUGCUGAAGCAUAGGCAUGUGGGACAAUUUUCGGAAAGGACGCAAUAUCUACGUCGUCGUGUAGUUAUACCACUUGAACUACCAAAAACCGUACGAGAAGUUACUUCUAUACGCAGUGGACUCAGGAAACGAAAGCGGGCAGAAUCUCCACAGAAUACAGAACCGCAGGUUUCCGAAGAAUGGGUUGACGAGGAUAAAUUAGAACUAUGGGAAGUAAGACAAUACGGAGAGCGUACAGAACGUGCAACCCCUGUGACACGUACUUCUACCGGAAAAUUACCGCAGCGAACCGGGGCGCCGCCACCAGUGAACGCCUCGGACCUGAAAGAUAAAAUGGAACAACAACUGCGUGAGCAACGAGCAGCUCAUCAACAAAAAAGAGCUCUAGAAAUGUCACAAGAAAAAGCUAAAUCUACUAGCAAUCCAAGUUCUGGCAAAAGUACACUGACAUCUUUAUUGACCACAAAUACAUCAACUCCUACUAGUCAGAAGACCGUUAUUGGUACAAGAAGAAUUAUAAUGACAAAAGGCGCCGAUGGUUCUACGCGAGUUAUCAGUCAACCCUUAAGUAGUUCUUCAAAAUCUGGACACAAUGAUGGAACUCCAACAAAACCCAUCGGAACUCCAGCAAAAGAAGGUCCACAAAAAGUUCAAAUAAUACGUGCUCCUGAUGGAAAGAUAACUGUACGAGGAUUACUCGCAGGCCAGCAACUGAUACAGAUGGCAGAUGGCAAACUCCAUGUGGUUAUGGCUGGACAGCAGGGUAUUUCGGGUCAAUUGGUUGCAGCAUCCCCUGCACCGAAACAUGCAGAAGUGGGAACUACCCCAACAGAGAGAAUACCCGCGACUAAAGCCAACUCUGAUGAACCAAAAUCUGUGACGAAUCCACGCGUAGCUCCUCAACCUGCCCAGCAAAUAGUGGUUCAGGGCAGCCGUCAGCUUGUAGUACAGCCUGGUCAGCAAGUAGUGGUCCAGUCUCCGCAGCAAAUGGUUGUGCAGCCGCCACAGCAGAUGGUGGUGCAGGCGGGCGUGCGCGCCUCCGCCACGCCGCGCGUGCAGCCCGUGCAGACCGUGCUGGUGCAGGGACAGCUCGUGCAGCGCACGCCCGCGCCGAGACCCGCGCCCGCCUUGCAACCGCCGCGCGCUCGCCCCGUUUCUACUCAGCAGAUUGUCGUUAAUAAUCCAGCGCUCGUGCAGCAAAUAGCAGCGGGCAAGAUACAACUCGCGACUGUCAAUGGUCAACAAUUCUUAUCCCGACCGACUGGUAAUAACCAGGCCCAAAUAGUGGCGCACAUAGGUCAGAGCCCGGCGGCGAGGCCAUCGGCGCCGGUGACGCCCGCUCCUGCGCCCGCGCCUGCCCCCGAGCCGACCACCUGCCCUGUUCCCGCUGUCGCGCCUGCCGCGCCAGUCACACCUGUUGCCACGCCUCACCAACUCACUGAAGAUGAACUUGUCGAGAAGAGACUACUAGUUGGCCAACCACCGGGCACCGUCAUAAAGACUGUUACGGCACAGGUAAUGCAGACGAGCAGUGGUCCCAGCAUAGUCCUUCAAGGUCUUCAUGGAUACAAUUUGACUCCACAACAACUGGCACUAGUGCAGCAUCAGGUGAAACAGCAACUAUUGAAAGCACAAGAAUCAACAGGCAAACAAGGCAUGUUGGGCCCCCGGAAGAUGUAUUUGGCUGUGCAGCCGGCGCCGACCGCGCCGCCUCUAACGCCCGUCGCUACUCCGGCCAUUCAUACGUUGCAGCCUUUAGCCGUGCCCACGCAUCAGGAUGCUAAAGAUGAAGACGAAAUUAAGCGUCAACCCCUGCUUAACGGCGAAGAUAAAGUUGCCGAGGCAGGGAGUCAAAAGGAAGCAACGCCUUCUAAGCAAGAAGAAAUAAAGGGAAACAACACAAAGACAGAUAUAAUCAACUCUGCCCAGGAUGCCCUUCAGAGUAAUAAAUUUGUAUACCCCGACUAUAUACAACAAACUAUCAAAAGCGCACUGAAACAGGAAAACCUAAACCCAGAAAUAGAAGAAAAGCUUCUUCAACUGCAGCGAUAUCAAGAAAAACGAAUGAAGCCUGAGGUACAAGUAGAAAGAGAGGUUCGUCCCGCAAGUACGAUGUCUCCAUCGCCCCCGUUGCGUCGCCGGGCCGUAUCUUCCCGCCAUGACGACGACGACGAGUGGAUCGACAGCAGCCCGCGCAAGCGCGCUCGCGCUGCUCGGCCGCUCCCGCCGCCGGCGCUGCCGCCACGCGCGCCGCCCCGCGCCCCCGCCGCGCCGCACGCGCCGCCCGCGCCGCACGCCCUCGCGCCUGCGCCGGCACGCACCCGCCGCCCGCGACGCCCUCCACUACUGGAGGAGCGUCGUCGUGCCGCCUCUAAUCAUUCACGUUUGCAAAUGCUACUCUUCAAGCACAAGGAAAUGCUUAAAAAAGACAUCAUUAAGAAAAGGGGACUCCUCGAAAAAGAACUUGGUGUCGAUAUACAGAAAGAACUUUCGUCAGAAAUAGCUUUACGAACUCGCGCCGAGCGCAGCAAACAAGAAGAGGUUCGAUGUGGAAAACGGCGUAGUGGUGGGAACGUGGCGUCUACUCCCAAACCUAACAAAAGAACAGGCAAAAAAGAGAAACUUCUUUGCAUUUGCCGUACUCCUUAUGACAAUACUAAAUUUUAUGUUGGUUGCGAACAUUGUAGCAAUUGGUUCCACGGCGAUUGUGUUGGGGUGACCGAAGAAAUGAGUAAAACAAUGGAAGAGUAUGUGUGUCCUGAUUGUCGACGCGCAGAGGAAACACAAGAACUUUACUGCUUAUGUCGACAGCCCUAUGACAAUUCGCAGUUUUACAUUUGCUGUGACUGGUGUCAGGAUUGGUUUCAUGGGCGAUGUGUUGGAAUUCUACAAUCUGAAGCUGAUAACAUUGAUGAGUAUAUAUGUCCAAACUCAAAAAAUAAUUCUGUGAAUUUUGCAAACAUGAAAGAAUUAACACCCAAAGACUUUGAAAAUUUAAAGAGGCUUGUAAAACAAAUACAAUUACACAAAAAUGCUUGGCCUUUUAUGGAACCUGUAGAUCCAAGAGAGGCACCUACUUAUUACAAAGUUAUAAAGGAACCAAUGGAUCUGCAGACUGUGGAACGAAAAGUGAACGAACAAAUAUACAGUACGUUAAGUGAGUUUAUUGGUGAUAUGACUAAAAUAUUCGAUAAUUGUCGGUACUUUAAUCCAAAAGACUCGGAGUUUUAUAGAUGUGCGGAUGGUUUAGAAGCUUUUUGCACAAAAAUUUAAUAUUGUCGUGAAAAGUUAUUUGAAAGUACGCAAUGAUGACAGUGCCAGUGGGAAAGUGUUGUAACAUUGAACAUUCACGCGGUUUGGUGCAGACUAUACCACUCUAAAAAUAUAUUUCAUUUGCUAAUUUUUCCCUACGAUCUGUCUGUAAAUUGUAAA